AUGGCCUCUAAGCGGUCCUUCUCUGAGAUGGAGAAACCCGAAGCCCUCGACAACAGCGGGACUACCUCCUCGAGGCCGACUAAGCGGAAGCGUUUCGGAGGCAAGCCUAAGAGCAAGUCUAAGGAAGGUUCAGUAAAUGCUCUCAAGAAGCGUGUGAGGACAAUACAGCGCCGACUCCAAAGGGAUGAUGAUAUAGCCGCGGACAUUAAGAUUGAGCUGGAGCGGGAGCUCGUGGCGCACCAGGCGACGAUUGAGGAGAAAGCGUAUCGGAAAAAGAGGAGCGAGAUGAUCAAGCGGUACCACAUGGUGCGGUUCUUCGAGAGACAAAAAGCCGAACGUCUAGUCAAGCAGCUCAAGCGCAAAGUCGAAGCAACCUCAUCAGACGACGAAGACACCGAAGAACUUAAGAAAAAGCUACACGUCGCCGAAGUCGACCUCGCCUACACGAAAUACUUCCCCUUCCUAGAACCCUACAUCAGCAUCUACCCGAAAAAGGGACCCAAGGCCGACGAGACCACGCCUACGGCCAAAGCAGCACUAGACGCCGAGAGACCACCCAUGUGGAAAGAGGUAGAGACGGCAUUGGAGGAGGGCGAUCGCGCGCUGGAGAAGCUUCGCGACCGUAAUCCUGACGGCGGAGCUAUCGCGAGCACGACGGACUUGGAUAGCUCGAGGUCUUUUACAUCUUCGAGUAAGUCGAAGAAGGUGGAGACGGCGUCGAAGAAGAAGAAGAAAUCCAAGUACGACGAGAUGGAGGUAGAGGAGAGUGAGGGGGAGAGCGGAAGCGAUGGGUUCUUUGAGCAAUAG